ACUCGGUCGAUCUCGCAACCAGUGCCCCCACUGUUCCACUGAUCCCACAGCUCCACCAACCAAUCCAGCCGUAAACGAUCCAGUACAGACAGACGCGGCGAGAAAUGGGCUCGUUGCCGGAGCAGCAGCAGCAGCAGGUCGUCUUCCGGUCGACGCUGCCGGACAUCGUCAUCCCGGACCACCUCCCGCUCCACGACUACGUCUUCGAGCGCCUGGCGGAGCGCCGCGACCGCGCGUGCCUCAUCGACGGCGCCACGGGCGAGACGCUCACGGUCGGCGACGUGCACCGCCUCUCCCGGCGCGUGGCGGCGGGGCUGUAUUCCCUCGGCGUCCGCAAUGGCAGCACUGUGAUGCUGCUCCUCCCCAACUGCGUCGAGUUCGCGCUGGCCUUCCUCGCCGCGUCCCGCCUCGGCGCCGCCACCACCACGGCGAACCCGCUCCACACCCCGCCCGAGAUCGCCAAGCAGGCCGCGGCGUCGCGCGCCACCCUCGUGGUCACCGAGCCGGCGUUCGUCGCCAAGGUGCGGGGCCUCGCGGGAGUGGUCAUCGUCGCCACGGGCGACGGCGCCGAGGGCUGCGCCUCGUUCUCCGAUCUCGCGGCCGCCGACGACUCGGCUCUGCACGAGGCGCCCAUCGACGUGGCCAGCGACGUGGUGGCGCUGCCCUACUCGUCGGGCACCACGGGGCUCCCCAAGGGCGUCAUGCUGUCGCACCGCGGGCUGGUCACCAGCGUGGCGCAGCUCGUCGACGGCGACAACCCCAACCUCCACCUCCGGGAGGACGACGUGGUGCUCUGCGUGCUCCCCAUGUUCCACGUCUACUCGCUGCACUCCAUCCUGCUCUGCGGGCUGCGCGCCGGCGCCGCCCUCGUCGUCAUGAAGCGCUUCGACACGGUCAAGAUGAUGCAGCUGGUGGAGCGCCACGGCAUCACCAUCGCGCCGCUCGUGCCGCCCAUCGUCGUCGAGAUGGCCAAGGGCGACGCCAUGGACCGCCACGACCUCUCCUCCGUGCGCAUGGUCAUCUCCGGUGCCGCGCCCAUGGGCAAGGAGCUGCAGGACAUCAUCCACGCCAAGCUCCCCAAUGCCGUGCUCGGACAGGGCUAUGGGAUGACGGAGGCAGGUCCGGUGCUGUCGAUGUGCAUGGCGUUCGCCAAGGAGCCGUCGCCGGUGAAGUCCGGCGCCUGCGGCACGGUGGUGAGGAACGCGGAGCUCAAGAUCGUCGACCCGGAGACCGGGGUGUGCCUCGGGCGCAACCAGCCCGGGGAGAUCUGCAUCAGGGGGAGGCAGAUCAUGAAAGGGUACCUCGACAACCCGGAGGCGACGGCGGAGACCGUGGACAAGGAAGGGUGGCUGCACACCGGCGACGUCGGGUUCGUGGACGCCGACGACGAGAUCUUCAUCGUGGACCGGCUCAAGGAGCUCAUCAAGUACAAGGGGUUCCAGGUGGCGCCCGCGGAGCUCGAGGCCAUGCUCAUCGCCCACCCCGGCAUCGCCGACGCCGCCGUCGUCCCGAUGAAGGAUGACGCCAGCGGCGAGGUCCCUGUGGCGUUCGUGGUGCCGUCGUCGGACAGCGCCGACAUGACCGAGGACGAGAUCAAGCAGUACGUGGCGAAGCAGGUGGUGUUCUACAAGAGGCUGCAGAAGGUCUUCUUCGUGAGCACCAUCCCCAAGGCGCCGUCGGGCAAGAUUCUGAGGAAGGACCUCCGAGCAAAGCUGGCCGUCGGAUCGUGCUGAUGAUGCUUGAUAUAUUUGUACACGAAAUAUAUAAUCGGUUCGGUUUUUGUUCUCGUCAUCAUGCUAUUUUUUUAAUGAAAUCAUGCUAAUUUAAAGGGAGAAGUAUAUUUUUCGUCCCUUAACUCUUUCAAAAGUAUAGAAAUGGUCCCUCAACUAGAAAACCAUCAAAAUUUGGUCUCUUAACUAUUCAAACCGGAUAAGUUUAGUUCCUCAUACCACUUUGACUGUUUUUUUCUGACGUGGAGUGGUUUUGACUAAAACUAGAUACAUCCUAUAGGCUGGGCCGUGACAUCAGCGUGUACAAAUGUGCAGGGUCCCACAUGUCAGCCUCAGGAAGAAAGAAUAAUAGCUUAAAAUAAAAUGUAUGCCACAUGUUUCGAACUUAAUAUCGGAAGUAGGCCAGAUCAGUAGGUAACCACCAUACCACGGAUACUAUGUAGUAUUACACAGACAAGUAUAAAAUCUUUUGUAGUUUUGCAUAUAUUAAGCAUGUUCGCUGUACAAUGAUAUUAACUCAUUUAAAAGUGAUUUAUUUUUUUCA